UUCUUUUCGAUCAUCUGCGACGGGACUCCCCGUGCCUGGUACGUACAUUUAUGUUUUACGCUCUGCUGACCCGCAUUGAUCGCAUUCGCAGCGCUGGUGGAGGGACGCCCAUGUCCCCGCACAAUCAACACACCUUCGUGCGAUCAUGUCAGGCGUCCAAUCGGAGUCGCGCUGGUCCCUCGCCACAACGGUCUCGUCCGAGGCGGGAAAACCAAAUUCGUUCCUGAGUCCGCGGACGCCGCCCAAAGCAAAGAAGUCGCACACGAAAGACUUGAAGACGCCCAAGCACCGUACCAAAUUCAUAAAUUUUCUCUCUCGGCUGUCUCCCGGGCGCAAUGACCCAUCGGCAACUACAACAAGUGUCGGUUCCGCGGUUACCAGUUAUGAUGAGGACGUCAGACAUGACAGUGACGACGAGGGUGCUAGGGAGAAAUGCAAGCCGAACAAGAGUCUGAACAAGAAGGCAUCUCUCGCGUCUCUUCGACUGUCAUUUUCACUCUCACGUGCGUCCUUCUCGGGUCAACGUCCAUCCAUUUCCUCCCCGACCGAGGAGGUACCUCCUUUGCCCAUGUCGCCGACGCGCGCUUCCGGCGGUGGUGAUCCCCACAGUGGUCUACUGUCCCAAGGGACGCAUCCAGCGCUUCCAACUACCAGGUCUGGAAUCCCGCGUAUCCCGUCUCGUGGGAACAUGCUUGAGUCUAUGUUGCCGCCGAUACCCGGUUCUGCGAGCACGGUGACGUCUUUUCGGAACGCAUCGCAAGUUUCUCUUGCGAAUGCACCGCCUUCGUCUGCAGCGUCAGCCUCAAAGACGUCUUUGUUACCCUCCCCUACCAUUGUCUCUUCGAGUUCCACUUCCAUUAACCAUCUGCAGAAUGGUAAUGCCUCCCGUACUUCGCUUCUCCCACCACCGCCAAGCAAACGUGUUUCGUUCCAAUCCGACGCUCAUCCAGUACCUGAGUUGGGUGCAGACGACCCCCCAUCGAUUCACCCAUUGGACUCUUCCCCCCCACCCAUGUCGCCCGCGAACAUAUCUACGCCGAACAGAACCAAGUCUAUAUUCAGGUUGACGAGCAAGCCGAAAUCGAUCAAGGUGCGGUCUAAUGCGAUUCCUGUACCAAUUUCGUCGCCUGCCACGCGAUCGAAGUUACCUGUGCCUGGUGCCCAUUCAGAAGGCCAGUCCAUUCAGAGCAGCUCGAGUCGGGCGAUUGCUAGUGGCGUCCCUCCACCCACCAAGUUCACCCCGCCCAAGAAGCUUGCUUCGGUGCUAGCCGGUCGGGCGCCUUCCCCGCCGCGUUCAUCUAAGGCUGCCAACGCUCCGGUAAACAUUACGUCUUUCCGCCCUCCUGUUUCUCCUCCACCCAAAUCAAAGUUAUCGCUUACCCCAUCAAAGAUGGCAUCUCCGCCGCCAUCGAAAGCGGUGCGCUCUAUCACGAGUGGAAUUAAAGUUCCCGUGUACUCUCUCGAUACACAGGGAAACAUGAAAGUCGGCGUUGUACCGGUCGACAAUAGCAUUGGUGCAUCGAAACUUCCUUUGCCUGCAUCAUCACAGAAGGCCGUAAGGGGGGGGACUGUGAAAGGCUUCUGGAAGAAAUAGGAAUCUGCUUACGGUUUAGAAUAGGUUCAAUUGUGAUCCGUACAGAUACAUGGACGUACGCUCGCGCAGCGUCUGGGCACGGCACUCACAUUCUAUCACUGUCAGUGACGACGACGGUGAACUAUUUAUUACUUCGGCCUGCGGACUUCGUCGUGUGGACUAUAUUUCGCUCGUUUUGUCUCAUCCACAUCGUUGUGGAUACCAGGCUCCUUAAUCGACCAUAUCUCGGCCCAUCACAUUCGCUUCAGUUUCAACU